AUGAGUGGCAGUGAGCAGAUAUGGACUGAUGGAGCCGCGUGUGGGCGAGCGCUGAGUGCUGCUGCAGCCACAUUAGCUCCCAUUGUGGGCAGGGUAAUGGAGGAACGGACUGGAAAUGGUUGGGAGGGAAUUCAGAGGAAGAACAGGGGAGCUCAGGGGACSUGUUUUGUUUUUCUCCACAGGGUUCUGUUUAGCAGCUCGGUUCUGAACCUGUGUGAGUUGGUGGCUCUCCGACCCGAUCUGGCCCGGCUGAAGAAGGUCCUGUACUUCCAUGAGAACCAGCUGGUCUACCCGGUCCGUAAAGACCAGGAGCGAGACUUCCAGUACGGAUACAACCAGGUGCUCUCAUGCCUGGUGUCGGAUGCRGUGGUCUUUAACUCUCACUUCAACAUGGAGUCCUUCCUGUCCUCCAUCGGCUCGUUCAUGAAGAAGAUCCCAGACCACAGACCCAAAGACCUGGACCAGCUGAUCCGUCCAAAGUGUGUGGUUCUGAACUACCCGGUCCAGUUCCCUGACAUCAGCAGUCUGCUGCCUGAACACAAACUGAGACGUCUUCGCCGUUCUGYAGAGACCAAUCGGCAGCAGACGUCGRGGGGUGAAGAGGAUCCAUCAUCUGAUCCCAGAACCGUUCUGACACCAGUGGACCAGGUGAAGCCUCUACACAUUGUGUGGCCUCACAGGUGGGAACACGACAAGAACCCGGAGCUGUUCUUCAACACUCUGAUCGAACUGAAGGAAAAACAACUGGAUUUCCAGCUGUCAGUGCUGGGAGAGACGUUCACCGAUGUGCCAGAGAUCUUCUCCUCCUCCCAGCAGCUGCUCCAGUCCAACAUCCUGAACUGGGGCUUCCUGCCCAGUAAGGACCAGUAUSUGAAGGUGCUGUGUGACGCCGACGUCGUCGUCUCCACCUCCAAACACGAGUUCUUUGGAGUGGCAAUGUUGGAAGCAGUUCACUGUGGAUGUUUCCCUCUGUGUCCAAAGGCUCUGGUGUAUCCUGAAAUAUUCCCAGAUCUGUACCUGUACUCGACCCCUGAGCAGCUCUGUAAGCGUCUGCAGGAACUCUGCAAGAGGCCCAACCUUGCCCGUAGACAUGAUGUCAUGGUGGACACCUCAUUGUACUCCUGGUCUUCUCUAAAACCACAAUUCCAGGCUCUCCUAUCUGCAGAAGGUACCUGAACGCAUCACAGUGCUGAUUACUUCAACUUCCUCUGAGCUGUGAAUCAGAGCGGUUCUGUUCCGAGUCGAGUUGGACCAGAGUGAACUUUCAAACCCAGGCAGGAAACUAAGUCCAGAUUAGAGAUUCCUCAUGAUCUUAAUCUGGCAUCUCGCUGCAGGAAUAAGCAGCCGGGUCCAGCCUCUGGUUCUGAGUCUUUCAUGGGUUUACGACUGUUUUUCAGUGACCAAAUGUCUGCAAAGGUUUAUUUUAAUCAAAAUGUAUAUGUUUUUUAAUAAAAGACGUUAAAUAAAUCCUGAUCUUUAAGCGUCAUUGAGUUUCCUGAAAAACGCUACAUAAGUCUGAUGUCAGUUUGUUUGUUUCCAAUAAUCUUAUGAUUAUUGGAAACCAUAAUYGUAUUGGAAACUAGGAUCUAUACAGACUAGAUGCAAAGGUAAUAAAAGACAAAUUGCAGCUUUACAUGCAAUCAGUUUUUGUAUUAYAGGGAUCUAAAACUUCUAGAAGUGGUCCGGUUUGGAAACGUACAAUCUUUUUGUUUAUUUUUUCUACAUGUUGACUUAAUGCCUGUUUAAGAAAAAUAACACCAUUUAUAUAACCCGUAUAAAAGCUGAAAUCCAAAUUUCACGUUGAACAAUUUGGAUUUACUACAAAGUUGAAGAGCCAUUUAAAGGAUCUAUUGGCUCAACCAGAGUUUCYUCUGCAGUAAGUUUGUAAAUAGUGUUUAAUGUACCUCAUAAAGAAAUAUGUACAAUAUAUUAUGCAAACAGUGGGCCAAAAUGUAAAAUAUUCACUGAAGAUACUUGAAUGGUACCAAAAUAUUCAUAAUAUUAACAGUGGACCAAGUCAAUAUGCCUCUCAAUCAAAGAUUUAUUUAUGAUUAUUAAUCAUCAUUAGCAGCUGGCAUCACUAAUAUACRGCCAUCAGGAAGAUGAAUUAGAUGUUCACUAUGAACUGGUGUUUUUUAUUUAUUUAUUUUUAAAUAAAUAAAAAACAUUACAUUUUUUUUAAACAAGUCAGAUUUUUUACUUGUUUUUUUUUACUCAUGAACCAUACUUUCUUUGCCUUUUGUUGAAGCAUUAAAGGUGAUAAACUUUCAUUUAUGCACAAAGCUUUGAGCAAAAAAAAAAAARAAAUCACUAAAUUUUACCACGCUUCUGUGUAGGAUAGCAGCCAUACUUUACCUCAGGAUCUGUUUUAUUACAAAUGUCAUCAAACUACUUGUUACCAAUGUUUGAUGUUUGCUUAACUAAUUGUUUAUUGAAAAAGCUUUUCUCGAGUGAUUUUUGAAAACUUGAGAUUUGUUCUCUGUGUAGUUUGAUCCAUAUAUCCAAAUUUCUGUUUUGUGAGUUUUCCAAAAGGCUUUGCAUUUUUUGAGACAGAUCUAAAUUUAAAAAAUCAGCAAAAUUAGUCUUUGUUCAGUUUGUCGCUUGCAGACUCAUCCACGGUUUUUUAUAUAAUGAAAGUUUUCUGACAAUGUGAUUUCUGGUGUAAAAUUUAUCAUCCAAAUUGUGAUGUUGACCACAGUGCCACCAAUAGGGAGUAGCAAAUUUAUAGUAGUUAAGAGAAGUUUCCUGUUUUGUUUUUUGUGUUCAGGCU